UUGAAGUCUGGGAGCUAAAGCUGGAGUUAUCCUGAACCCCCAUACCCCACUAAGUGCUAUAGAAUAUGUUCUUGAUGCUUCUCUAGUAACAAAGGCUUGCGCGUAACUUCUUUGCCUGCAUGUCCUCUAUUUUGGGAAAAUGGUGGCUUGUCCACUGGUGAUAAAAUUGCCAUAGCCAUAGCAUGUCUUGUUGUGUUCUCUGUGCUGCUUUUGGUGCUAUACAUAUGCUGCAUAAGAAGGGGGUGGAAGGAUUAUGACUUUGCUCUACCUCAUGAAUUGAUGUGUAAGUUGAUGUUUGAAACCACUGUUUUAUUAUCUUACAUAUAUUUUCUCUUUCGCACACUAUGUUCUGCAUGUUCAAGCUAACCAUUUUCUGAGGAGAGAAAGCUGGAUCUGCUUGAUAUGCCUAACUGUCUUAUUAAACCAAUUUAUCUCUUCGCUUUGCACACUGUGCAUGAUACUCCAAAUAUGCUGAGAGACAUACAAUGGCUGCAGCUUCUUGCUUAGCAUUUCUGAUUGUGUUUAUCAAAUUAUAUGCAUUUUUCUGAGGAUGUCAGAACUUCUAUUUUUCAGAAUCACUAUAAAGUGCGGAUCUUAAUUCUUCCAGGCUCAGAUUGAAAUGUUGUCUUACGGAUGGAGAUGGGUUAUUUGAGUUUUAUAACAGCAAUGCCAAACUCUUUGCAUGCGUUAAUUUCUGAAAUUUAAUGUUUGAAGAUGGCAGUUAUAAACUAUAAUUUUUCCCACACCUUUCUCAUCGUCAAAGGAAGCUUGCUUCUUAUGAGCUUGUUCUGUUGUUUGUCUUUGCUGAUUAUAUCAUGCUAAUGAAUUUGAGGAUUGUGUCUCCUACGGGGAUGAAUUAUACUCAAUGCAGGGGUGGAGACAGCUUUGGCCAACUUAUUGUUUGCUCCUUAGCUUUUCGACAUUUUUCUUUCUCAUAUUGGGCAAGAAGGUUGGUCCUCUGUUGCACUUGAUCGCUGGUGCUGCAUUGCUCUGUCUCGUGGAGUCUCUCCCUGAUUCGCUUGCAAAAACUCAGGCUGACAAAGGUUCACUUGCGAUUAGUUAGUUAAUUCGCACAUUCAAGGUUAUCCGAUGGCUGAAUCAGAGCAUGAAUCUGCCCAACGUGAUUGUCAAAUUUUUUUGCACAGUGAAAGAUCAAACUAUUUAAGUGGGGGAGAUUGUCAAAGGGUUCUGAAUCAUUUUCAUUGCGUGCAAAUGGAAAAUCCAAUGUUUUUCUAUGCUAUACAGUACCGCAAAACAGAUUUCGGGUGCUGCUUUCCGUGGGUUGGUUUGUGAAUACACUCUCAAGUGUAUGGGGAUUCAAGGUGAACAUGUUGUCAGAUUUAACGCUGCGGAUUUUUCAGUUUCUUGUGAUUGCACAUUAUUUGAAUCAAAAGGGUGGUUGUGUCGCCAUGCUUUGCACGUGUUGAAUAUGAACAUAUCGGUUUCGGUCAUUCCAUCUUUCCGUAUUUUGAAAAGAUGGACUAAGGGUGCGAAGCAAGGGAAUGUGAAUGAUGAAUUUCAUCAAAUGUCACCGGGUCGAUCUACAUUUGAUCGAUUUUCCACGUCAAUGCGAAUAGCUUUUGAAGUGAUGAGUUUGGGAGCCGAAGAUAGAAAUACUAUGAGAAUAGUGAAGAAGAAUUUGGAUGCGACGGUAGCUGAAAUUUCAUCAUAUAAAUCAAGUGUGGUUGUGACGGAUGAUGCUAGUGAUGAUGAUAGUAAUGAGACUUCUUUGUGUGAGAUGUCGAUAUUGGAACCCCUUCAAAGGAAAGGGAAAGGAACAAGCUAUGGAAGGCUUAAAAGCUUGAGUGAGAAAAAGAAGAAAAAAUCUAAGAAAGUAAUACCUCCAGUGCACAUAGAAAGUCAAGAGUUUGUUGUCCAAGCAACACAUAAUGAAACUCAUUUACCAAAUUAUUCAAGAAAUUCAAAUCAGAUUCGUAAUGCCUUUUGUCCUAGCAACAAUGGUGAUCCUAGAGUCUAUCCAAAUUUCCAUAAUCAUAUGCAAUCACCGUAUAUCAUGCUGCCAAGGAUUAUGAAUGGAUUUUUCCCAAUCACUAGUCGGAUGCAACCACCAUACAUCAUGCUGCCAGGGAUUAUGAAUGGAUUUUGCCCAUUAACUAGUCAGAUGUUGGAGGACCAGAAUAGAUCCCAUGGAAGCAUUUUGAGUCAGUCAUCAAACUCUUUUCAGGAUCCUCGGAUGCAUGAAUUGAACAAUCCCGAAUGCAUAGACAAUGCACGGUCGCACCAUAAUUUGUCAGAAGGCAGAAGAUAGCAGCACUGCCCUUGCUUUUUGUGCUUGUUAGAAUUAUCGUCUUCAGUGCUAUUUGGGAAGUUUGAUUGUGGAGUGAGAAUGAAGAAGGUCGAUCUUCCGUGCUUAGUUCGGAGGCGUUGGACUUGGUGAAGUUAAAGCAAGCGACAUUGUUGAACUAGUGUACUCUAUUCUUACCAUACGAUGGCUACAGCUUCUUGCUUAGCAUUUAUAUGUUAGAACCGAAACUUACAGCGUGCACGAGGUUUUCCGAAGGUGACCAUGCAUUAAUUGAUAUAGGUGCCAGAAAAGAGGAAAUCCUUUAGUUGAAUUUUACUUGAACGAUGAUCUUUAUUAUUCAACCUGCAACAUAAUGUACACUCCGUGUCGCAGCACUAUUUUCGAGGUGGAUGAUCUGCGAGGCUUAUAAGGUUGACAGCACUGGGUAGAAUUGACCAGGAUGUAUCAGCAUCUUCGACGG